GACAUGCGUUCCUGACAUUGGCACGACACUGCCCUGGUUAGCCCUGGCCCGUGGCCCUGGCCCCUGGCAAGCUGAUUUCCGCUGCCUUAGGCGAAACGCGGAUACUUUACCCAAAAUAGAAAUUUCAUAGAUUGUCGGGGUUGCCAUCAACUGCUUUCCUGCGUAUCGGACUACUUCUGUCAAUUUGACAGCUACCUUGCUCUAUUGCACAUUCGUAUCUUGGCCCAUGCCCGUGUGCCCUCAAACGACACCAACCAAGCGCCCAGCGUUGAAGUAGAACUUGUAAAUAGCCAUUGAAGUGACGCCCGGCUUUCGCGAUGAUUGGGCGCAAGAAACUUCGAAUUUGUGUCUUGCAAUCAUCUAUUGAAAACACCAAAGGAGCUAUCAGCGAAGUCGAUCCUUACAAGAAGCCCGAGGUGUACGAUAAGGAUGGCGAGUUCGAGUGGCACACGGCCUACAUAGGCAAGGCCACGUCUGCGGCUCAGCUGGUGGCGCUGGCGGCUGUACGGCCGCCGUACGACGUGUACCUCAACCUGUGUGACGGCGCCUGGGAUGAGGACCGGGCGGGGCGGGACGUGGUGGAGGCGCUGGAGCGGCUCAACCUGCCGUACACGGGCGCCAACCUGCCGUUCUACGAGCCCUCCAAGAUCGAGAUGAAGAUGGCGGCGCAGUACUACGGCGUGCAGGUGCCGGCCUGGGUGCACAUCGAGUCCGCCGAGGAUAUGGAGGCUGGCCUGGCAGAAGUGCUGGCGCCGCCCUCCAUGGGCGGACUGGGCUUCCCCCUUAUUGUCAAACACCCCAGCGGCUAUGGUUCCGUCGGUAUGACUAAGGACAGCAAGGUCACCAACGAGCAGCAGCUGCGGGAACAGGUAUCACUACUGGUGCAGCAGUUCGGCGGCGCCCUCAUUGAGGAGUUCAUCAGCGGCCGCGAAUUCACAGUCCUGGUAGUUGAAGAGCCGGCGGCGCCGCCGCCGGGAUCCGCCGCCGCCGCCUGCAUGGAGGCGGUGCAUGGCGGCGCCGCCAUGGCGGCGGCCGCAGCCGCCGCCAGCGGGGCCAAUGGCGGCAGCGGCGGCGCCGCCACCGCCGAUCAGGCGGCAGAUGGGGCGACGGGCAGCGGGAGAGGGGCGGUUGGGGGUGUCAAGGACGCGGCGGCGAGUUUGGAUCCGGAUCUCAGCUCGUUCCGUGUUGUGGCCUACACGCCCGUGGAGUGCGCGUUCGGGCCAGGCGAGGACUUCAAGCACUUUGACCUCAAGUGGAACGACUACGAGUCGUUGUCCUGGCGGCCGUGUGCCGAGCCGUCGCUGGCGGACCGACUCAAGGAGGCCGCACGCAACACCUUCAUCGCCACUCGCGGCGUCAGCUACGGCAGGUGUGACUUCCGUGUGGACGGCGCCACCGGCGAGAUCCACCUGCUGGAGAUCAACCCCAACUGCGGCGUGCUGUACCCGCCCGGGCUGCACGGCUCGGCAGACUACAUUAUGAGCCUGGACCCCGCACAUGACCACCUCGCCUUCAUCCGCACCAUUGUCGCUGCCGCCCUGGAGCGACACCGCCUCAAACAGCGCAAGGUGCGCCCAGCCUUCUUCCGCCGCCGGCCGGUCGUGGCGGCGGCAGCUGCGCCGGCGGCGGCGCCGGCGGCUUCUGCGGCGGCGGCGGCAGCGCCGGUUGCGGCAGCGGCGGCGCCGGUGGCAGCAGCGCAGGCAAAUAGGCAUGCCAACGGCAACGGCAGCAGCAGCAGCAGCAGCGACUGUGGCAAUGGGCAUGCUGAGGCGACAACGGCAACGGAGGGGGCGGCGGCGAUGGAGGGGGCGGUGGCGGCGGGUGGGGAGGCGGCGGCGGCGGCGGAGCAGCGCGCCGGCUCCGGCGGCGGCGCGGGGGGCUGGGGCCUGCGGGCUGUGAUGCCCAUCAAGGCGGGGGAGGUGGUCCAACGCAACGAGCAGCGCAAGCACGUGCUGGCCUCUCGGGGCUUCGUGCAGCGCUGCUGGCCCGAGGGCUGCCGGCAGCGGGAGUGGUUCGACGGGUACGCCUACCCGCUCAACGACGACGUGUGGGUGACCUGGUCCGACGACCCGGGCGACUGGCUGCCGCUCAACCACUCGUGCGACCCCAACACCUGGCUCCAGGGGCUGGACGCAGUGGCGAGGCGGGACAUCGCGCCGGGUGAGCAGAUCACCAUCGACUACGCCACCUUCUGUACGGAGCACAUGGCCGCCUUCGACUGCUGCUGCGGCGCCGCCACCUGCCGCGGCCGCGUCAGCGGUGCCGACCACCUGGCGGACUGGGUGGGGCGCGUGUACGGACACCACGUAAGCGGCUACGUGGCGGCGAAGAGGCGGGCGGCGGGCAAGCAGCCACAGGCAGGUGCCGCCACCAGUGCCACCGCUGCCGCCGGCGGGCCACACGGCAGCGCCGCCAGGAGGGAUGCGUGGCUUGGCAAAAGGACAAAGCACUGAGGAGGUUGGAAGCUUGAGGAGGAAGAUGCGAGGGCAGCAGCAAAAGGAGCGGCUGCAGGAGGGUCAGCAGCGGGGGCACACGCGGCGCUUUGGAGGUGUGGGGAUGUGUGGACACGCCCCGCCGUGGCGUGGGCCGGCGACACGCGGGGGGCGCUGAUGCUACCCCUCGACUUGGAGGCGGCCGCGCGGCCGACGCUGCGGGGAGCAGGAGACGCAUGGCGGGCGGUGUGGCUUGAGGCCGGCUUCCUAGUUUCAGUGCAUGAGUGCCUGUGACUUCAAGGUGCAACAGGGUGUGUGUGGAGAACGUUGUAGCGUGCAUGAGCGCACAACACGUGUUAUGCAGAUAUCAGUGGUGUAGUCAGGAGUGGGUGGGUACCCCGCAUGCGAACAGCUUGCGCCCGGGUGGCUAACGUGGGACAGGGUGUGAUGCAUCGCAAGCAGAUACCGUAACAUCUUUUUGUAUUUUUACAUUUUAAUCAUUGCCACAUUAUAGGAUGCGUGCCUGGUUCCAUGUUGGCGCUUUUGCUUUGAGCACGUCUCAUGUCUGGCUUUUUAUCUAUCUGUCCCAGCUGGGCUUGCAGGUGCAUGCGUGGUGGUGUGUGCACACUUGCACUGUUGCUCCCGAGACAGCUUGUGCGGUGAAGCCUGCGGCCCAGUGGUGCUGACAUCUGAGCCUGCCGCGUUACGCAACUCCGUAUGGGAGCUAACAGGAGCAGAAAUGUGCCCCUUAUAAGGGAGACACGAUAGGGCUGAUGAUAGCACAGUGCUAGGGUCACCCCCGGCCCAGGCCUCUUGCCGGGCCUAGGGGCUUCAUGAGGAGGAAGGCACGCAGACGAACGUGCACCACCUUGUAACUCCGCACACAU